AUGCCCCUCGCCAUCCAUCUAGAUAACCCACUACCGUUAUACUCGGGGAAUGAAGUCAUCCGAGGCCGGGUGGUCUUCGAGUGCCCCAAUCUGAUCGAAAUCCAAGACGUCCGCGUGACGUUUUCCGGGCGCUCCAAGGCCACGGUCAAGAAAGUCAAAGGCUCCGCCGCUCCAUCCGCAAGUUAUCGCAGCAAAUGCGUUUUUUUCGAGAAAGAGCGAAUUCUCAUGCACCGAAACGGCGACUCUGUCUCGCCAGACACAUAUGAAUGGCCGUUUCAGUUCACGGUCCCGUCGCACGCUGGGUCGGGCGGCAAAUGGCCUGAGAAACUCCCCUUCCGGAGCGAUGUCAAUCAUCCGCUGCCCCCCUCCUUUGCGGUGGAAGUGGGCGAUUCUCUGCGCCAGUUAGAAUGUGCGAUCGAGUAUCGGAUCCGGGCCCAAGUGAUGAAGCCCCAAAAGGGCUUCUUGGGUAAAAGAACGCCGUUGUUCGAUGAUAUUGUUCGGCUGAAUUUCCUCCCGCGGGCAGCGCAGGUGGACAAAAUGUACGAUUCGCCGUCGUUGUAUCGGCAGCGUCGAGAGCAGCUGUUCACCGUUCGGAGCUUACUCCUGCUUCCUGAAAACCGAGGCCGGAAUCUGGGCGUUCAGGAGAAAUUUCACUCGUGGCUGUCGCCUGCGCGACUACCUCGUUUUGACUUCCAGGUCUCUUUGACCUACUCCGCCCAGGUGGUUCAGUCGACGCCACUGCCAUGUGUGUUGGAAAUUGUGCCGUUCAUGGAAAACGCUUCGGUUUCUACCGCCCCGGAUAUCGUACUGCAGUCUGUGUCGAUGUUCGUGGUGAGUCGCACUUCAGCGCGGGCCUCGCCGUCCCUGAUGGGCGCUAUUUCCGGUGAAGUCGACGAGCGCAUCGAGAUUUUGUCAAAAUCGUCAGUUGGAGCACCAGUAUCAGGUCGAAUCGAUUUGAAUCAGAUGUUUAGCCCUCUUGUGUUCCAGAACUUGGACGUGUCUUUUAGUACGUUCAACAUAUCCCGUCAAUACACGCUUUCCGGGUCGUUUGUGUUUGAAUGUGCUGGCAAAACACUGGAGUUUAAUGUUGCCGACAUAGCCAUAAAUAUAAUGGCCGAUGUCCAGGAUACCGGUGGAGUGGACAAGAAAAUCGAGGCCGAGUUACCGAGGCAAGAAUUGGGAGUCACGGAGGCCUCAUAUUCAAACCCGCCACAUGACGAGGAGAGCCCUCCAGCCUAUACACCUCGAUCUCCUUUGUCGACGACAACGUUCGAGAAAGGGGGUAGGUGA